GUCGGGUUUUGGAGCUCCAUCCCUGGCGUAGCUUUGCCGGUAGAACUCUGAGCUUCUGACGAUCUCAAUUCCCAUGCCCGCGAGAUAAUGUGUUUGUUGUCGCGGCGGGUGACGGGAACAAGAUCCCAGUUCCGCAGACCGGGUGGAUCUUCGGGCUGCAUGUGGGUUUGAGAGGGUUGGGGUUUAAAGUUGUGCAUGUCCCCAGGUUGGUGGUGCGCAAAACGUGGAUGUACAUUCUUGAGUUACUCAAGUAACACCUUACCCUGUUUGCAUACCUCGAUCCACGAAGUUGGGUGUCAUUACCACAAUAGUCCUUUGAGCAGUAACAUACCGGAAACGACAUCAUGGUCGGACAUUGGAGUACAGCUUUGACCGUUUGCCUGCUGGCCCUGAGCUCAGAUGCCUCCCCAUUAGAAACAGAGAAGCUCGCGAAGCGCGCACCGCCAUUUAACUACAACGGCCAGAAGGUUCGCGGCGUAAACACAGGUGGCUGGUUCGUUCUUGAGCCUUGGAUUACGCCAAGCAUCUUCGAGGGCAAUUCAGCGAAGGACGAGUGGACGCUCACCGAGCUGUUGGGCAAGGAUGCUGCAAAGUCGAGGUUGCAGGAUCACUGGGACUCCUGGAUCACACAUGACGACUUCAACCAGAUGGCGAAGGCAGGGUUAAAUCACGUGCGUAUCCCAAUUGGGUACUGGAGCGUGAUCGCCCGUGAAGGUGAGCCGUACGUUGAGGGAGCGUAUGACAAGCUCGGCGAAGCUCUUGAUUGGGCGAACAAUGCUGGUUUGAAGGUCAUGAUUGACCUGCACGGUGCACCCGAAUCGCAGAACGGCUUCGACAACUCAGGCAAAUACGGCAAUGUUGGCUGGACACAAGGCGACUCUAUCGAACACACCAUCAAAGUCUUGAACAAGAUCCGCGACGACCAUGCUUCACACCCGGCCGUCUCGUCGAUCCAGCUCUUAAACGAGCCACUCGGCCCGAACCUCGACAUGAACACAGUCCGCCAGUUCUACAUGGAUGGCUGGGGUAACCUGAAGGACUCCAACGUUGCUGUUGCCUUCCACGAUGCCUUCCAGGGUGUGACAUCCUGGGGUAACUGGGGUGCUGGCAUGUGGAACUUGCUCCUUGACACUCAUCACUAUGAGAUCUUCACCACCGAUGCUGUCACCAUGAGCAUCGAUGACCAUAUCAAGACAGCUUGCGACUUCGGCAACCAGAUGGCCAGCACCGGCAAGUGGACGAUUAGCGGCGAGUGGACUGGUGGUAUCACCGACUGCGCCAAGUGGCUGAAUGGCAAAGACAAGGGCGCACGCUACGACGGUUCCUUUGGUGGCGGCAGCAAGAUUGGCAACUGCACGGGCAAGUCGACUGGCAGCGUCGCCGGUCUGUCCGAAGCUGACAAGUCGAACGUUGGGCGCUUCAUCGAAGCUCAGCUUGAUGCCUACGAGAAGGCUGCUGGGUGGAUCUUUUGGACCUGGAAGACUGAGGGCGCGCCUGAGUGGGACAUGAAGGACCUGCUUGCCAACGGCAUCUUCCCACAGCCGUUGACCGCCAGGAAGUACCCUGGCCAGUGCGGUUGAACACAACGAUGCUUGUCCAUUGAGCUCUAAUCCAAGAUGCCUCCUGCUCUUGCUGGUUGAUUGUUUCACACUCGCUCCGCACUCUAACUCCACCUCCACCUACUAUUCUCAU